CCUGCCCUUUCCUCCCCGAUAAGAAGCUUCCUCUUCGUCCCCUCCCCCGCCUCUCCUCCUCCGUCCGUCAACCCAGACGAAAUCCACCACCGUCUGUGAGGCGCACGGACACCGCUGCUGGGCUAGCUAAGCAACCCGCCAACCGCACAAGAAAAUCUCCGCUACGAUCCAGAGGAGGGGUAACCUUCGGCGCCGGUCGCCUCUGUCGGAGCCCAGCCUCCAGCGGCGGGAGGAGACGGAGUCAGAGGUCUAGGUAGCUGAACAGGAGGAGGCGAAGACUCGGACAGAGGAAGCGCCCGAUUCAGUAACCGCGGGCGCGAGACGAGGGGAGGAAGAGGGGUUCUUUUUCUCGAGUAGCCAUGGACUCGGAGCACUGGAUCUCGCGCCUCGCCGCCGCCAAGCGCUUCUACGCCGCGCAGCUCGGACACAUCGACGACAUGUCCGGGAUGGGGAUGGAGGAGGUGGAGAUGGACAUGGAGGACGACGGGGAGAUGGACAUGGAGAUGGAGAUGCAGCUCCAGGAGGCCAGCGCCAGAUGGCCCGAGGUCGCAUGCCCCUACUGCUACGAGGACUACGACCUCGGAUCACUCUGCGUACACCUCGACGAAGACCACCCAUACGAGCCACACCCAGCGCCCUGCCCCAUCUGCUCUGAAAAGGUUACAAGAGAUAUGCUAAAUCAUAUCACCAUGCAACAUGGUUACUUAUUCAAGAAUGGCAGUCGGUUGCGCAGAUACGUUAUUCCUGAGAGCCGUGCAGUUUCUUUACUGAGUCGAGAUCUACGUGAUGCUCAUUUGCAGGCGCUUCUAGGAGGCGGUCAUAGCCAUAGGUCAAGCAAUCCCGCGACCACAACUACGAAUAUUUAUGCUGAUCCGCUGCUUUCAUCGUUUGGGCUUGGGUUUGCAACAUCAGACGCCGAGGAACCAUCAAAAUCACCAGUUCAGGUUCCAGAUGGUACUUCCAAGCUCAAGGAGGCGCCUCCUCAACCCUGGGAAUCAAGUAUUGACUCGUCCCUCACCAGCGAGGAAAGGGAACAAAAGCGGAAACAAGCCACUAGCAGAGCGACCUUUGUGCAAGACCUGCUCUUCUCCACUUUAUUUGGAGAUGACUGACUGCUCAAAUAGCCAUAUACAUCCUUGUUAGAUGGGUGCUUCCUCAGGCUGAUUUGGAAUAGAACCAGCACUCUGGCCAGAGUUGGUGGAUCCAACUUCGGCGACAGGGAGAUGCGCGUCUGGUGCACCGUUUCUUCGCAUCAGUCAUUUGGGCAUGAAAUACACCUUAAUUUAUGGUAGCUGUCCCAUAUAGACAUUUUUACAGAAUUCUCGGCCAGCAAUACCUUUGCCUUGAUUGUAACUUGUUGUACCAUCCUCUUCAUUAUCAAGGAACAUUGGUUUGUACCAACCUGGCACAGCUGUUACAUGUUAUACAAUGCAAUGGAAAAUACAGAAGUUCCACUUGUGUGGAAGCAAUAA